GAACGUAAUUGACUUCAAUUGGAUUGAGUUUAUCAAUGCUUUCAUCACUGGUUUUACUAUUUAUUUAAACAUUUAAUUGAUUUUAAUUAUAAUUAACAAACAAAUCAAUGGCCGAAACAAAUGUCAUAUUAAGAGGAUCUAAGGGUUUGUCUUUAGUAAAGGGAGACAAACCUUAUUCAGAGAUCAACUCUUUGAGUCAACGAAAUGAUGUCCGAUGUAUUGAUGUCUCUAUUGAUGGCAAAUAUCUGGCUUUUGCUGAUAAUAGUGGUAUCAAAGUAGUGACACUUCCCGACUGUCAGACCAUCUUCGAGAAGAAUGAGAAUAUGAAUUAUGUCAAGUUAUCACCGAAAGGGACCAUUUUGUCCACUUGGCAUCCAUCCAAUCAAAACAAUGUCAAUAAUCUUCAUCUUUAUGAUAUCGCCACUCAAUCACUCAGCAGUGCCUUACCUCAGAAGAAGCCGAGUCGAUGGUGUCCGCACUGGACUAAUGAUGAAUCGAUUUGUGUCCGACACGUGAAUAUGGAAUUAAAUAUCUAUGAAAACAAUAGGUUUGAACGAUAUGUUCAUCGGAUGUGUUCACAAAAAGUGGCCAAUUAUUCAGUGGUGACCGACAGUCAAACGGGUUGUCAUUACAUUGCCUGUUAUACUGUUGGAGCUAAGGGUCAGCCAAGUUUUGUCCGCAUUUAUCAAUACCCGCGUUUUGAGGGUAUGGCCAUCGCUAACAAAAGCUUCUAUAAAGCAGAUUAUGUGGACUUCAAGUGGAACCAAAAGGGAAACGCAUUGCUAUUGUUGUGUUCAACAGAAGUCGACCAAACGGGCAAAAGUUAUUACGGACAACAAACUCUUCACUAUUUGAACAUAAAAGGCGAGACAUUUAUAGUAAGCCUUAAUAAAGACGGACCCAUUCAUAAUACUUGUUGGACACCCGAUAGUUCAAUGUUUUGUGUCAUUUAUGGUUAUAUGCCGGCAAAAACAUCACUUUUUAACAAUAAAUCGGAAAUAAUGUUUGAAUUUGGAGAAGGAAGUCGAAACAUUAUUUGCUUCAAUAGUUUUGGUAAUUUGGUAUCACUCGCAGGUUUUGGCAAUCUUAGGGGUGGUGUUCAGGUUUGGGACUUCAAACAAAAACAACUUAUUUCCGAGUUUAAUGCACCCGAUACUACUCAUAUGGAUUGGUCACCCGAUGGCAAACAUAUUUUAACAGCAACUACAGCGCCUAGACUUCGGGUUGGAAAUGGGUUCCGGAUUUGGACUUAUAAUGGAGUCAAACAAUAUGAAAAUAUUUUUGAUACCAAUACUGAACUUUAUGAUAUUGUAUGGCAACCCUCUAAUCAAUUUAGUGAACCACAAAUUGUAAUACCGAAAGGACAAUCUGUAUCAAAACCUGUCGAACCCAAGAAGUAUAUUCCGCCUCAUCUGAGAAAAGAUACAAAACAGUCAAAUAAUAAUAAUAAUAAUAACUCACAAAAACCACAGUCAAAGGCUAUACCAUUGAAUGAAAACGAAAAGAAAAUAAAGAAUUUGGAGAAAAAAUUGCAACAAAUAAAAGAUUUGAAGGAACAGAUAGAUUCAGGAAAAACAUUAGAGAAGAAUCAAAUGGAAAAGAUUAGUAAAGAACAAGAUUUGAUUAAUGAAUUAAUGCAAUUA